AUGGAGUCUCCAGGCCUUUUAGCCAAACUGCUGGAGCAGGUCCAGCUCGAGUUUACUAAGUGCAAACCUCUCAUACCUACAUAUAGUCACCUGCUCGUGUCAGCUCUCUUCCCCAUCUACAUAGGUGCCCAUGCAUCCUUAACAAGACCAUCCUCCGCGGCCAAACCAACCACACGCAAAAACAAGUUAGAGACCGACGAUGAAAAUGAAGAUAGCGACGAAGAAGACGACGAAUCCAGCUUGACAAAAAUGGAAGGCCUUGAGCCUUCUGAUGCCAUCAUGUUCCCCGUCAUGGCCGGCUUGACGCUGGGUGGCCUAUAUCUCCUGAUCAACUGGCUCAAUGACCCGGCCAUCCUCAAUAAGAUUCUAGGCUUUUAUUUUUCACAGGCUGGGACUGUUUUUGCCAUUGCGUUUAUGGGAGAUGGGCUUUCGGUGCUGAGGUCGUUUAUCUUCCCCUCCCGCUACGUUGCGGAUGGCGUGGCGUGGAAAGCCAAUCAGUGCAAGAGGGCUUUCGUGCCUGUUGAACAUGACGGGCUGCCUUUGGAAGAGGUGCGUGAGGAGCGUAAAUCUCCGCUGCCGGGUUCUCUGGGGGAAAGUCCCCUCCCCGCUUCAUUUCUAGAGGCACUCUGGAGUGUGCGAGGGAUUGUAUAUAGGAAAGCUACACUCCGCGCCUAUAUCCGCGGAGUCGUCGAGGUCAAAAGCAGAUUCACGAUUCUCGAUAUCGUGGGGAGCAUCCUUGGUCUUGUAGCCGUAUACUACUUUACCUUCGUCAAGAAGCCGUGGUGGCUUACCAACUUCCUAGGCUUCAGCUUUUCCUACGGUGCUAUGCAAUUCAUGUCGCCCACGACAUUCUGGACGGGCUCAUUGGUUUUGAGCGCUUUGUUUUUUUAUGAUAUCUACUUCGUAUUCUUCACGCCGCUGAUGGUUACCGUUGCCAAGAGCCUGGAUAUUCCCAUCAAGCUGGUAUUCCCGCGGCCCCCAUCACCGGGGCAGGAUCGUGAUUCGGUGAAUAUGGCUAUGCUGGGGUUAGGCGAUAUCGUGAUACCUGGUAUGGUGAUCGGUUUAGCACUCCGGUUUGAUCUUUUUCUUUACUACAAGCUCAAAGGCGCUAUGUUGUCACUCAGAGCAGACGGCCGAGGUGUCAGCAACAGCGAGCCCGGGAAAAUUAUAUACGUCAAUGCCACCGGUCGCUGGGGUGAGCGUUUCUGGUCAUCGGGUUCCACAUCUUCACCAGUCACAAAUCCUUCGCAGUGCAUGGAUGGUGGAAAGCUCACAUUCAACGAAGCCAAAUCCUUCCCCAAGACAUAUUUCUACGCCAGCCUAAUUGGGUACGUGAUGGGCAUGUUGGCCACGCUUCUGGCGAUGCAGAUCUCCGGCCACGCGCAACCCGCCCUUCUCUAUCUCGUCCCAGGUGUCCUUGGAUCCCUGUGGACAACUGCGUUCGUGAAGGGGGAUAUCAAAGAGAUGUGGAAUUUCUCCGAUGCAAUCCAAGAGGAAGAGGAAGAAAUAACAGCAGAUAAAGAUAAAGAGAAGAAAAUGGAGGAGAAAGAAAAUGCGCCUUCCGCAAUGGGACUUUUCCGCAAGGUAUUUUUUGGUAAAGACUCGAAGGCAUCUACGAAUCCUUUUAAAUCUCCCAAGGGCAAAUUCAAGGAACCAUCUGCACACGAGACCUCUACAUCUCGAGACAUAUUCUCGUUCUCCAUUUCCAUCCCAAAAUCGAAAGCUAUAACUAAUCCUUCCACCAACCCCAUUACGCCCUCCGACAAAGACAAAGUGAAAAAGUAUGAUACGAAACUGUCCCAAUAUAAUCCAGCUGCGAGACGGGGGGAAGGGGAUGAUGAAGAAGAAGUUCACAGCUCCUAUUCUGACAGCACACCUUCAUCUUCCCUUUCGUCUCCCCUCCUUGUGGGAGGAAUUGAUAUCCAGGAGCCGGCAAUGAAGAGGCGGAGGGCCGAGGGGGCAGGUGAUAGGAAUAGAAUUCCGAGUUGA